AUGGCCGCUCAGUCCAAACUACUACCGCCCGAACGCUCCAUAAAGCAGAUCCUCUCCAGCCUAACAUCCCUCUACCUACGAAACCGCACCCGCAUCUCACGCGCCGUAUAUCUCGCCCUCUUUGCUGCGCUCGCCAAACGAAUCCACAAUGCCAUCUCCGAACAGAAAGCCGCGUCGCAACAAGUAGAGCUGCGCCGACGGCCUGGCACCAGCAGUCUAGGCGAUGAGGAACAACCCCGUAAGAAGCGCGUGGAGAUCAACCGAGAAUUCUUCAGGAACCUGCUUCGUUUACUGAAGAUUGUCAUACCCGGAUGGCGAAGCAAGGAGCUAAGGCUGCUGGUGAGCCACAGCGUCUUCCUGGUGCUGCGGACCGUACUUAGUUUAUACGUCGCCGAGCUGGACGGAAGACUUGUGAGCAACUUAGUCCGCGGUAAAGGGAAGGAUUUCUUGCUCGGUCUUGUCUGGUGGAUGAUCGUGGCUGUCCCCGCUACUUUCACGAAUUCUAUGCUCUCAUACCAUCAAUGCAAGCUUGCUCUCAGCUACCGCAAGCGUCUUACGGACUAUAUCCACGACAAGUACCUGUCUAACAUGACUUUCUAUGCCAUCUCCGCCUUGGACGAUCGAAUAAAGAAUCCCGACCAGCUCGUCACAGUCGAUGUCUCUCGCUUCUCGGACAGUCUGGCAGAACUGUAUUCCAAUCUAGCUAAGCCCAUCCUCGAUAUGGCUAUUUAUAACUACUCGCUCUCCAAGAACGUGGGAGGUGAAGGGUUAUUCAUCAUGAGUCUGCUAGUGCAGUUGUCCGCCAACGUCAUGCGUAUGCUGACUCCGCCAUUUGGCAAAUAUGUUGCCGAUGAGGCCCGGCUGGAGGGCGAGUUCCGUUUCCUCCAUUCACGGCUUAUUGAUUACAGCGAAGAAGUCGCGCUUUACCAUGGCCAUGAGGCCGAGAAGGACACCCUGGACAAGGGUUAUUUCACCUUGAUCAAGCACGUGAACCGCAUUCUGCGACGGCGUCUUUACCAUGGAUUUAUGGAGGACUUUGUGAUCAAGUAUUUCUGGGGAGCUUUGGGCUUAGUACUCUGUAGUGUUCCUGUCUUCUUCAAGAUUCCCGGCCAGGCUACUCACAGCAUGGGAGAUCGCACUGAAAGCUUCGUCACAAAUCGUCGAAUGUUGCUUUCCUCCUCGGAUGCUUUUGGCCGAUUGAUGUUCUCCUACAAAGAGAUCUCGGAGCUGGCUGGCUACACUUCGCGUGUCUCCUCAUUACUGGAGGUGAUGGACGACCUCCUCGCUGGGAGGUUCGAGAAGAAGUUGGUGUCUUCCGCUUCUACAGAGGAAAAUGCGGAGGUGCUGUCUGGUCGGCUUUCUUUCACCGUUAACCCCGGUGAUCAUCUUCUGAUCGUCGGACCCAACGGGUGCGGCAAGUCAUCUCUCUUCCGGAUCCUGGGCGGGCUCUGGCCGGUAUACGGAGGCACGGUGAAGAAACCCCCUUUCCAGGAUAUUUUCUACAUUCCCCAGCGACCAUAUCUGUCCCGCGGGACCCUACGACAGCAAGUGAUCUACCCAGAUGGAGUGCGCGAGAUGCGCGCCAAGGGUGUCACUGACGCCGAUCUCUACGAGGUCCUAUCAGUGGUUGAGAUCGCGUCCGUCGUAGACCGUCCUGGAGGCUGGGAUGCAGAGGAAGAAUGGCGCGAUGUUCUAUCCGGUGGUUUGCAGCAGCGCAUUGCUAUGGCUCGGUUAUUCUACCACCGACCCAAGUUUGCCAUUUUGGACGAGUGCACAUCGUCGGUGACGCUGGAGAUUGAGAAGGUCAUGUAUGAGACGGCCAAGAAGCUUGGCACCACACUCAUGACUGUCUCGCACCGACGGAGUCUCUGGAAGUAUCACCAGAAAAUAUUACAGUUUGACGGACAGGGCGGCUACAUCUUCACCGGUCUAGACUGGGAGCGACGCUUGAAACUCGAAGAUGAGAAGGAAGAGUUGGACUUGCAGUUACGGGCUGUUCCGGAAUUGCAACGCCGAGUUGCCGAGUUAACGGCUUAG